GAACUGAAUGUUUAUCUUAAUAAGCAGUUGUAGAGUGUAAUCAAUUGGUGGCUUCUUGUCGGAUCAAAUCCUUCUUGAUGGACGAAUCGACAACGGCCCCGCUCGUGGUGCACGGAAAUAGAGGUUCGGGCAAUUCCAUCCUGGCGUUGUCGGAAAAAUUGAGCAAGAUCUGGCUGGCCAAGACGCCCAAGCUCGUGUUAAGGUUUCUCGGUACAACAGUGGAGAGUUCUUCCGUACUGCCUCUGCUACAGAGUCUGGUGCAACAACUGAGUAUGCUGGGGAAUCAAAGCCCACGACCCGGCCUGCUGUCGUUUGACGAAGCCAUGCUUUGGCGCUCGUUCGACCCGCCGUCACGGACAGUACUGCAGACGACAGUCCGUACCUCAGUCGACUUCCUGUUCAGUCGUCUGGAGAAACUGCACGGCCGGAUAUUGGUGUGUCGCGCCUUGGGAUAUUUUACCUUAGCCAAUAACGGAAUCACCGAGGCGGAGCUUGAUGACGUGUUGUGCUGCGAUGAUGACGUAUUAAAUGACGUCUACACCUACUGGACACCGCCCAUGCGCAGACUGCCCCUCUACUUCUCGUGUGCAUACGGGCGGACAUCGACCAAUAUAUCGAUACUGAACUUUACUGUUAUUUUCUCGUUUGAAUUUAAUGUUUUACGAACGUCGAACUGAUGAGAAGACAAUGAUGUUAUAUGUACUAUGGCGAUUUAUAUUGGGAUUUCCAAUUCAUUAUCAACAUCGCAUAUUAUUAAAAUAAAGAUAAAGCGGUUAUCGCAACGCGGUUGAACGUCUGCCUUAAGAACUUGUGAUCAUAUAGGUUCGCUACCACUUGAUGCUUUCUGAUUUGUUUUCAGCUGAGAAACACUUUGUUCAACUUUCUUUAAGUGACUUGCUUAUGACUUUUGCAUCAGCGGAAGUGGUAAAUUAGCUACAUUCUGCAUGUAAACAGUACAUGUACUACAUACACACUGCGCGUAUUUUUGUAAUGCUCUGUGACUGACUAUAAUUAACAGAUGUGUUGUUUUUUCACCGCAGUUGAGCGCGGUGCAGACGGUGCGCGCGUGUUGAACUGGUACCACCGUCAGUUAACGGAAGCUGCGCACUAGCGCUACUGCGCAGAUUUUGCGCAGAAAAGCGUCUCCAUAGCAACCUAGCUGAUUUCUUCGCGGGAACCUGGGCCAAUGGGAGAAAAGGCCGUAUACGAACGAUGAAGGGGAGGUAAUAGAAGAGGACCGCUAUGGGACGUCACAGCCCUUUGGCUUUCGAGAGGAUGACUACAACAAUCGGGCUCUCAACAAUCUGCCCUAUCUCCGCUUGCACGCGGGUCACGUUGACCUUCUCAAGAAGGAUGGUCUCGCCAACGUGCACUUCUGCGUUGCUAAGUUACACGCACUUCCUGUUGAGGCGCUUUUAGACGACUUCACGGCGGCCAAAGCGGCAUUCCCGGGGAAACCCCUGAUCACGUGCAUUCUGGAGGCGCUUUUGCUCUCCCGGAAGGGGCUUCAAAUGGAUCCGGUUCAGUUCAUGCUUCAGCUACUAGGGCGCCUGGAGGACAACGAGUCAACAGCCGAGUUCAAGCAGCGCUUACGUGAAUAUAGCUCAAAAGUGUGGUUUGAGCCCGAUGUCAACAUCCUGGAGCGUACCGGGGGUCAACUGCUACACAGCAUCCACGUGCACGCGUCCGAAAUUGACAUGAUGACGAUUACGUCAUGUGGAACUUACGUAAUCA